AUGGGGGAUGAUCGUCAGUCUGUCGAUCUCAGUAGUGCCAUUUCAAUAUCUUCGAUUUCUGACUGCAAUUCAUUGAUGCUUGUUCAUUCGCAAAAGAGACGUCUUUCAGAAAUUAAUGAUGCAGCCAAUCUCAGCAUUGUGACUGCUGAGAAGCAUUCCGUUGAAGCUGCUCUCAAGGAAGCUCAAAUUACUUCAGAAAGAGAUUUAAAGCGAGCAAGACUAGAGGUGCGGUGUUUAGAGUCUGAAAAAUCCGAUUUGAUGGCACAAAUUAAAACACUUGAGCGCCGGUUAUCGGAAUCGACUGAAAAUAAUGAUGCUUUGAAGCUCAAAUUACAGCAAGUGGAACUAGACGCUAGUGAGAGAAUUGAAACUAUUCUUCAUAAAUUCAAACAAGAUGAAAUCUUAAGUGAAAAAGUCGAUGAGCUACAUGCCCAGCUUGGGGAUUUAAAGAUUGAACUUGCUAACGAACGGCAGGAAAAACUUGAUUUAUUGAUCGAAAAGCAAACGCUGACGUCUCAAAUUGAAUUAACCGAGAAAAAACUGAGUAUUCUUCAAAGUCUGCGUGAUGAAGAUGUCGUCGCUUUAAAAGAGGCGGAGAAUUGGAAGUCAAAAGUUAAUGAAUUAGAAUCGGAGAAUCUGCAUCUAAAAGACCAACUUGAACAAGCCUUGCAUGGUCCUGGUAAUGCUUCUAGUCUCUUAAGUCGACCAGACGGUUCCGGAUUAUGCCUUCGAUCUUCCUCUAUACUUUAUUCCACACGACUGGAGCAAAAGGUUGCACAUUUAGAAUCUGAGAAUGCAAAAUUGCUUCAAUCUAAGGCUCAAUUAGUUAUAGCUCGUACUGAAUUGGAAGAUUUAAAGGCUACUUUGGCUCGAGCCAAUGAGUGGCAAGAUCGUGCUCUGUUAGCUGAAGAGAAAUUGGCAAACCAAACUGCUUCAGCUUUUAAUGAAUCCCUGGCAGAUGCGCAGCUCAAACUUGCUCAGUGCCAACGUGAAAAUGCCCUUAUUCUUUCAGAGAUAGGAAAUCUUCGAAGCGAGCUAUCUGCCACUGCAGUGGAAUUAAAACGCGCCAAAUUGAAGAUUGCAGCUCUUACAGAAGAAGAGACCAAAUCCAAAGCUGCUGUUGAGUGUAUGCAAAGUCGCUCUAGGCGACAGAAUCUGCGUUUAAAAAUUCUGCAAAAUGAACGGAAUAUGUACAAACAGUUUGUCGAUAGUUAUGCCGACGCAGAUGCUACCCUCUCAUCACCCGCCGGUGAAAUGCUACAUGUAUUUCAACAGAUGGUUGAUGAAGUGGCCAGCUCCUUAAAUGAAUUCUACGCAAAAGUUGAAUCCGACGAUAACGAACUUGAGCGUCUGGUCAGAGAAGUGGAGUCUGCUGCAGUGGGUAUAAAUGCUCAUUCUGUCGCUGACGUUUCUUCUGCGGACUUGGUUCUUUCGGCAAACGAUCGACGAUCAGCUGAGCAAUUAAGGCUAAUUUUCGCCAUUUCAUUAUUUCUUUUUUUUCUUUAUAGAGAGACUAUUCGGGAAUUGGAGGAGCGUCUGGAAAAGGUCGAAACCACAAAGCAGUUGGCAGAACAGGAAAUUGCCAUAAUGCGAGCUCAGGGUGCUUAUAACCCCGAUGAGACGCAGGUGCUUCAUAUCAUUUCCAAUCCUGCAGAACAAGCCAGAGCUCGAAGAGAAGAUGAACUCAUUACUUUACGGAAGGAAAAUGCUAAUCUACUUCAGCGUGCUAAGGUAAGGACACUGACAACUCCAGACGAUUCGGAAAAGAAGAAUUUGAUGGGAAUGGAGAAUGGUAAUGCCUUUACUUUCUUUGAUCGAGAAGUAUUGCCCCAAGAAUGGCAACUGGUUAUUGCCUAUUUUUGUUCAUUUCAGAUUCUCAAGGAUCGUUUGGAUCGCCUCUAUGAACUUAGAGGUCAAGGAGAUUCGAGUAUUCCAGAUUCUGCCCUUGCUCCUGGAAAUGUUACCAUGGCAGUGGCUGAGAGCCUUAAAGAUCAUCCGGAUCCCAUUUCAGAACUUCGAAGACUCCAAGUCGAACGCCAGGCUGAAGACCGUCGUCACAAGAAGUUGAUGGAGCGCUUCGGAGAAUUGAGUUCGGAGUUCCGCGAAGCGUGCGCUCUCCUAUUCGGUUUCGGUUUGCAUAUUCGUCAGUCGGGUAUCUACAAGGUCGUUCCACUUCAUGCGCCCUUUGGUGCUGACACGUAUAUGAAAUCCUCAAAGGCCACGGAAUUCAUCAAAUUUAAGCGAACGGGUGACACGAUCACAAUCAUGGAGACGACGUUGGUGGAUGAAGUUGUUGCUGAUUUUAUGAACUGUCGUCUUCCUAUUCCCCUUGCUUUGGCCCGCCUUCUCUUGCUUGCCAACGGUGUACGAGUUGCUAGCUCCUGUGAAGAGUCAACUAUGCUUAUGUAA